AACUGUCUCUCGAACCUCCCAAUAAAUACAAAAACACCACCAGACUUCUCAUAUUAAGCAAACGCAUCGGCUUCCUCUUCUCCUCUUGGUAUCAAAAUUAGGGCAUUGCUCUUUGUUUUGCAGCCUAGGGUUUCGAGAAGACCUGCACAGCCAGAUCGAUUACGAUUUUACAAAUCUUACAUAGCUAUUUUUUAAUCUAGGAUUAGUAGGAAUUUUAUAUCGGUAAAUUGAAGCGGGAAGGGUUUUUGAGAUAUGAGAAUGAAUAUGAAGCGGUCGAGGAUUUCAAACUCAGUUUCUUGGGCUUCCGGAGCCAAUCUUUGUCAGGUGAAGCUGUUCUCUUCUGAGGAUUGUCCUGUUAAAGUUGGCCUGAAAUGUCAAGAUCAUCUUCAAGCAAAGGCAUCAAGUAUGUUGAAUUCAAUUCCUGCGGAAAAUGAUUUCCCCCCUGGAUUUGAAGGCAGUUUUUCUGUGGGCCAGUCAAAAGUGGAACUUCCCCACAUCCCGAGUAUUCAAUGGAAACGUCCUUCCAAGUUUGUCAUAAGUCCCACCUGGGAAGUAGCAGCUGGCGAGGAAAGUGAGGAUGCCAAGGCUCAAAAAUCAAGAGAGAUGAGAGUGCUUGAAGCAGUUUAUCCUCGUUUUUCUGCAAUUCCUCCUAACCCCUCGGUUUCUUUGGAUGUAGAGGGCGAGCAUUAUGAUGAUAGCCUCACUCCUUUUGUUCCCGAUACUCCAAUUGAAGAAGAGUCCCCAGAUUUACUUGAUCUGGAAACUCCAGUGAAUACCAAUGUAGGUUGUCAACCACCAGUCUUGCACCACGGUCUGUCGGCAUCUGGGAAAUCAAAUGCUUCUAAAUGUAACUCUCCUGGUUUGCAGCAACUCGCCAGUGAUCAACCUGUACUAGGAAACUUAUUUGAUCUUAACGCGGACGUGACUGCUGCUGCUUCAGCUGCAUUGACUGCAAUCAUGAAAAGCACUGAGAAGGGAAGUCUGGUCGAUACUGGUUUGCUCAUUAAAAUUCUUAGUGACCCAAAAAUGAUCCAGAAAUUGAGUAAUGAAUCCGGACCACAGGCCAAUGCAGGACUUGCACCCAGGCCAAAGACAUUAGUUCCAUCAAUUCCCUCAUCUCAUCCAAAAUCUGAUAUGCAAGGGACUGCUGCAGGUGGAAACUACUGCCCUAUGCCAGGUACAGUGGGAACUGCUUUGAAUACAAUCCCUCUUCAGCCAAAUAAUGUUCAACUAUCCGGGUUGAAUCGACAAACACCACCGCCUCCUUUGCCCAGCUCCAAAUCCAACUCCUUUAUGUUGCCUAGCCUGCCAAAUCAAAACCAAGCACAACCCCCGCAACCCCCUUUAAGAGCAAUGACUCAACCGAACAGACCUCCAUUACCGCCAUUCUCUUCAAGUGCAAUGAAUGAUCCAAAUAGAGCUCCCUUACCACCAUUCCCAGCCAACGAAGCCGGACAUGUGAAGGAUGUGAACUACUUUAAGAACCUCAUUAUGCAACAUGGAGUUGAAAUCCAGGACCCAUUUAUUGCACAAAAUGGUAACAAUCAUAAUCACUUGACAGACUUGAAAAUGGUUCAAAACUUUAAACCAGGAGAAACGAAACCUUGCAAGAAUCGUAAACCUUGCUUGUACUUUAAAAGCUCUAGGGGAUGCCGUAAUGGAGUUAAUUGCACUUUCCAGCAUGAUAUGUCGUGCCAAUGGCCGACUGGCAGCAUCAUGGAGGCCCAUAGUACCAAGAGAAUGAAACUAACUGGGUUUAAUACUGGAAGGAUGUGAAUAAUGGAGCUAAAAUCCUGCAAAUUUGGCCUCUCUUUUCUUUUCAUUUUCUACACAAGUUUUGUGCACAGCUUGGGGUAAAUUUGAGACCUCGAGACAGGGUAGGUAGGUAGUUUUUCCAAUGACUCAGGCAAUUUUUUAAGACUAAUGAAAGUUAUUUUUUAA